AUGGAAGAAGAUUCGAGCCGGUUCCGCUGGCAGAAAGUCUCCCAUAAGUGGCUCUGCCAACGGACUGUGAAAAGGAUCUACUUCACGAUCUACUUCACGUGUGUGUGCAAGGCCGUCACGGGAUGCACGGCGCGCAAAGUGGAGGACCGCAUCCCCGGCCCGCCCCGCGGCAAGCACACCGCGCCACCCGCCGCCGCUGCUGGCCCCGCUGCUGCUGCUGCCAGCACUGCUAAUGCUGCCGAUGUGGCUGAUGCUGCUGAUGAUGCGGCUGCUCCUGCUCUUGAGGAUGAAGCCGCUCCGACCCGCCCUGAGAGAGUGGAGAUGCGCAAGGUGAUACGCAUGACGACCUCAGGCUUCCACAACCACCCUUCCUCGUUGUGCCUCAAGCGCCGCCGCCGGAGCAUCGACGCAGCAACAAGCGGCCCCAUGACUGCUCCUUUUCAACAACAGGCUUCAGCGUAUACAGCACCCCUUACUGCCCUCCUUAAACCUCACCGUGACACGGCUCCUGCCCCUUCGCAAGCCCCUGGAAAUCCUGCCAAUGUCUCGCACAGUGGACCGUUCGCGGCAGUCUCUCCGCGCGUUUCCAGCAUGCAGUCCCGCGGCAAAUUCAAAGAGAUCCUGUGUGCAUCUAAACCACUCACUGGCCUCAUCCCCUCCUAUGUCAUAGGAGGCAGUGCCUCCUUCGGCGAACCCAAGGAGACUUGCUCUGCUCUUGCGCCUGCAGUUUUCUCGCAGAGGACCGCCGGCACAACGCGACAGAGAACCAUCGGGAGCAUGUAUGAGCAGAUUAUGGCACUCGGCAACGAGCCGGCGGAGAUCAGCCGGGCUGAGUUGAAACCCAGCUUCCGGUCUGACGGGGAUUUAUGCUUCCCUGCUGCGGUGGGGCUGAGCUACCAGCCUGAGGAGUUGAGCUACCAGGCUUCAAAGCGGCAGAGGGCAACGCCGGUGAAAUCUGAACCGGAUGGUCCCCUGGAGAGCCCCAGCGGCAGCUGCUGCCAGGAUGAGCCUCUCUGGCCUGCUGCUGCCACCUGUGCGUCUGCUCCACACUUCUCCGCCCCUGCCUAUGCUUCUGAACACUCUCAAAGGACAUCCCAGCAGAGUCACGACGGACUGCCCUGGCCUGCUGUGAGCUCUGCGUCUGCUCCACAGCCGUCUGGUGGGCCCCUUGGGACUGCUGCUGCUUCUGGAGGUGCAUCGUCUGCCCAACACCUGUCUGCCCCGGACUACCACAGCGCUUUCCGAACCAGUUUCCGAACCCAACAGGACCGGCAGAACCAGCAGGCCCGGCAGCUUCAGCCGUCCCAGCAUUCCCGGCAGCGCAUACAACCCCAGCAACCUCAGCAGCAGCGGAACCUCCACAAGACUGGCAAGCUCUGGCAAGUGCCAAGGGUGGCGAAAGCAGCAAGAGUGAUGUAG